GGAAGAUAUCUCAGGUUGUCACAUCAGGAAGAGUACACUGACGUCCGUGGGAAAUACAAAGUUUGGCUCUAUGUUGGUCGCGGGAACAGUCGAAAGAAAGUCCCUCUAAAUGGCUACAACUCAAGUUUUGGUCCGAAUGAAGAUUAUUUCCAUAACGAGGCYAUAAAACGGCAAACAGGCGUCGUAAGGGGAUUCCCGUUAAGCCAAAUAGCCUCAUUUUCAAACCGAGGUUAACCGGAAGAGAAAUUUAUAUGCCAACGUGUCCUAUCGGUAAGUCAAUGUUUAACACUAAACCACGGCCACCAUCGAAACCCGUCCGUAUCACUGGUUACAAGUGAUUUACCAGCUGCUUUGACUUAAACUCAGAGCCUUCUGGUAUUAAUACUCCAUCAACAAAUGACAGUGAUUUGAGGCAAAUUGCCCGCGCGCAAGCUUCCCGUAAAAAUCAUGACAAGUAGAGACGACGCGUGGAGAUGACACUGAACGUUCUUCUGAAAGAACUAUGUCUCGGUCGAGAAAGCGCUACAUUGUAGCUACGAUCUUUCUCACCUCUGCAUUUUGGCUUUCUAUUGAAGUCGCAUUACUAUGUUACACAAACCGGCUGACGAAUGACGACAAUCAAAUUAUAAGUGAAGGUAAAUCCAAGGUUGAAGGCAGACGAAGUUGGAGUCUCAAUGAAACAAACACGAAAUUGGUAACUAUUGAAGAAUUCAAAUCAAUGUAUCCAAACACAAUACACUUUGUAUCGAAGCAAGGAGAAAAUGGCGCUAAAGUGUACAACAGUCCUAGUGAAAAAGAAACAGAACAGGAACAAUUCCGGCUGUAUCAAUUCAAUGAGCUAGCAAGCUCGAAAAUAUCACUUCUCAGAGAAAUUCCAGACAACCGUCCCAAAUCUUGUUUCAAUGUGAUGUACCCUAUGUCAACGCUCCCAACUGCAAGUGUCAUUGUAAUUUUCCACAAUGAAGCCUGGUCGACGCUGUUACGAACUGUACACACCGUCUUGGCACGAUCCCCUCCAAAAUUCCUACUUGAAAUUAUUCUAGUGGACGACUUCAGCGAUAAGGAGAAAUAUAGUCAUCUUGGAGAAAAGCUAUCCAGUUACGUUGACGAGCUUGAAAAAGUCCAUUUGYUACGUACCCCGAAACGGGAAGGUCUGAUUCGAGCGCGUCUUUUUGGCGCGAAAAAAGCGCGCGGUGAAGUCCUGGUAUUUUUGGAUUCCCAUUGCGAGACGAAUUAUGGUUGGUUGGAACCGCUGCUUGCAAGGAUUGCAGCAGAUAGGACAAUAGUUGUCGCACCGGAUAUAGAAGUUAUAGAUUUGAAGACAUUUGGGUAUGCGAAAGGUCAGGGGGGUGACAACCGUGGCAUAUUCAACUGGGAGUUGACUUUUAAGUGGAGGGGUCUUCCUGAUUAUGAGAAACAAAGACGGAAAUCAGACGCAGAUCCAAUCAGAUCUCCGACUAUGGCGGGCGGACUUUUUGCCAUUGAUAAGUCGUAUUUUUACGAGCUUGGAGCGUACGAUACCGCCAUGUCAUACUGGGGAGGAGAAAACGUAGAGAUAUCAUUUCGAGUAAGUGUUGAUUCUUGUCUAUUUUAUAAUGAUACGAUAAUGACCGAGCCCAGUGGAAAACUGCCUUUGAAUAGUGGAAUGGAAAUCAUUUUAAUAAAGUCCAAACUUUGA